CCGCUUCCGGUGCUACCGCGUCGCGGGCUGCUGAGGGCUUGUUUGCGUCGACAUGGCGGUUACCCUGAGCUUCUUUCUGGGCGGGCGCGUCCGCGCUGCCGUCACUCGCUGUGGGUUCGCGACCCGGGGGGUGGCGGGCCCGGGCCCUGUCGGCCGCGAGCCGGACCCCGAUUCCGACUGGGAGCCGGAGGAGCGGGAGCUGCAGGAAGUGGAGAGCAUCCUGAAACGACAGAAAAGAGCGAUCCAAUUCCAGAAAAUUCGGAGACAAAUGGAGGCGCCAGGUGCCCCGCCCAGGACCCUGACGUGGGAAGCCAUGGAGCAGAUCCGGUAUUUACAUAAGGAAUUCCCAGAGUCCUGGUCAGUUCCCAAGUUGGCUGAAGGCUUUGAUGUCAGCACCGAUGUGAUUCGAAGAGUUUUAAAAAGCAAGUUUGUACCCACAUUGGAGCAGAAACUGAAGCAGGAUCAAAAAGUCCUUAAGAAAGCUGGGCUUGCCCACUCGCUCCGGCACCUCCAGGGCUCUGGAGAUACCUUUAAGCUGCUCUCUGCAGGCCACUCUGUAUCUGGCUCUUUGCUGAUGCCAGGGGAUGAAGCCUCAUCCAAAGGCCAGAGUCACAGCACAGCUUUGAAAGUGAUAAAGUCGAACACUCACAAUACAAAUACAACAAGGAGACAGAAGGGAAGGAAUAAAGGAGUCAAAGGCCUGGAGAAGGAGAGUUCUGUGCCUGUUGCUGCAGCCCUACGUCAUCAAAGAGAGGUGACCAAGUACCCCACCAGUGAUUGUGAGGGCACCAGAAGAACUGACAGUGAUGGAUUGCCAAGUGAGAAAAAGCUGGAAGAGUUGAAGUUAGAGGAGCCAGGUGACCAGAACUUCAGCAGCAAAGUAGUACAGAGGGGGCGGGAGUUCUUUGACAGCAAUGGGAACUUUCUGUACAGAAUUUGAGCCAGGCCUGGCUAUAGGGAAGCCAUGUGAAACAGCUGAGCAAGUAUAUUUGGAGCUGCCUGGGUUUCUGCAUGUGGAUUAGCCACCUUGGAGUAGGAGGAAGUGAUGAUCCUGGAUAGUGGGAGGAAAGAGCUGCUUGCAUAGAUCCAAACUUCCUGGAGUACUGCUCCCAAUCUGACCCCUGUAGAUCUUCAGUACUCACUGUUCUUGUUUAUGCUCACUGUGUUGAAAACCAGCCUGUCUUGUUUGUGUUGUUAGGAGUUUCUGUGAUACUUGCAAUAUAUGUUUGGAAGGAAAAGAAAAGUUUGCCUUCUGACCCCUUCUCUUCUUGGUCAAUGAACACUAACAGUUCUGGAACUGCUUAGUCAAUUGGUUGUUUUCUUAUGUGCAAAAUAAAGUGAAAUGUAGCAGUC